CACGAACGAACCACGAGAGAACCACGAAAGAACACACAUCGGAAGGAUGAGCCAGGCUAGGACGACCAGCAAGAAACCAAACCAGGAACCAACUCCGAUGGAAACUGAUCCACCAAAGCCACCUCCAACCGAAGCCAAGUACGUCUCAUACACCCUACUGGCGGCACACGACCCACAGUUGAAGUACAAUAUCCUCAAGUUCGCUCCCUCGUCGAAUCGGAAGAUCGAGGUGGACUCAUUCGUACAGCCGAUCAAGUUGAAUCGCAAGGAUCCCUGGGCGAUCAGAAAGAAGGCAGAGGAAGAGAAGAAACGAUCGACCGAAGCCCAGGAGGAGAAUGCUUCGAAGACCGGGGAGAAUGACAAUAAUGAUGAUGAGAACGAUAACGAGAUGAAGGUCGAUCAGGAUAACAAGGCUUCUAGCACGUCCACUAAACAGGUCAGGGAUGACUCAGUGAUCGGACCUGCGCCUGCUUCACAGCCCAAGAAGAACCAACCAUUCAAGAAAAAGACCAAGCAAGUCUUCAUCGCCGCCGAUCAAUCAGCUAGGAUGUUGAAGAAGGAGGAGUACCAAUCCUGGUUACUCGAGGAUGGAUCGCCUAAUGGGGAACGAUGGGUGGGCAGGUACGAGUCUGCUGGUGCCGCUGCCGGCUCUUCUGCCUCGGCCUCCACCUCAACAUCCACCAAUAACGACGCUUCGAACUACGUCCUAUUCCGCAUGGACCCAUCCGGGGAAGCUUUCCAAGUCAUUCCCUGUCAUAGGUUCUACAGAUUCACCCAGCGACCCAAUUAUGAUACUCUGGGUGCAGAUGAAGCCGAAGCAGCCUACGAGAAGAUGCAGAAGCCAACGACCAAGGAGGAUGUCGGCCGUUGGUUUAUGCGUCGUCGGGGUGCGAACCCUAGUAGUAGUGGUAGCAGUCAACCGUCCAAAACUCUCGAUAACAAGACUAGCGGCAACGUGAAGCACGAAGGAGACGUCAAACCUACUUCGUUCUUCGACCAUUCCAAAGUCUCGUUUGGGACCUCAAACAAAGUCCGAUCUCAAGUAGAAAUCCCAAGCUUCAUCAACGGCCGUAGAAACAAAUUCACUGCUGUGCAAGGUAGUAACUCCCGUCUUGAUGAUGAUGAAGAUAGGAAACCGAACUUUGGUCAAGAAGGCGACUUCGAUGAGGUGGAUUAUGAUGAGCAGUUCGAUGAUGAUGAAGAAGGGGCUGGAAACUUGAAUGAUGAAGCGAUGGAAGAAGACGAGCUGAAAGAAUUAGCUGAAAAAAUGAAGCGCGAGAUGCUGGCUGCGGGUAAGGCGGGUGACGAUGAGAGAGAGAAGGAAGAUGUGGAUAUGGCUAAAGACGACUUGUUCGGAGAACGAGAAGAUCUUACCAAAGAAGGCAAAGCGGUCAAGAAACUGUUGAUGCGUAAGGGAGAAGACAAUGUUUACGAUAGUGAUGAUGAAGUGAGGAAUCCAUAUGCCUCAGAGGAAGACGAAUCAGAUUUCGAAGAAGUGGUACCUCCGCCUCCGAAUGGCCCCAGUCCAACCGACGCCAAGGAUCCCGCCUCACGCUCGGGAACACCAACCCCCGGAUCGCAGCCCGCUGGCACAUCCAAGAGCAUUGCCACCAAGGGGCCUGUAACUCAAGCGUCCAACUUGAAAGGGGACAAACCCCAAAGCCGGCCGCCAUCUCGUUCAGGCACUCCCUCUCUCCCAAACCAUUCGCGUACCAAUUCGGCAUCACACCCCGUCCAUGGACAUGGAUUCAAUGCCGGCCCGGCCAAUCGCUCGCGAGCUACAAGUCCCCAGCUUCCAUCAUCACAGCUCGCAUCAUCAUCAGCUGGACCACGUAGUCGUGCAGUCUCACCCGUCCUCUCUUCUUCGUUGAAACCAAGCUCGCCCAUUUCGGCUAACGCGUCGACGACAAACUCGAAUGGGAAACGUAAACAACAUCCCAACGGUGCGAUAGCCUCUAAGGAGAAAAAGCUGAACUCUGGACCCACGCCUCCCGGCAGGAUCUCCUCGACCAUCAGUGCCGCUCCGGACCAGGAGAGCGGGGUGAUCACCAAGGAACAGGUCGUCACUCUCCUCAAGAUUCGACCCCUGACAACUAAGGAAUUGUUGGCUCACUUCAAGCAGAGGUUAAAGGAAGAGUCUAAUAAAGUCAUCAUCUUUGCUAUCAUUAGAGAAAUCGCAAAUAUCCAUGAAGGACUACUCGUCUUGAAAGAUGGCAUUUGAUUUCGGCUACUUGUCUUCCUCUUCUUCACCUUUUCACUCCGGCACUUCUUCUUUUCUUUCUUUCUUUCUAGUGGUAUAUACUUCUCCAACCAAAACAAAAAUAAACAAGUAAAAACACAUACACUACCUCCCUUCUCCCCCAUCUCUUUUUGAAUCUCUUGUUCCUUGUUCCAUUUUCAUUCAUUUUUUCUUCUUCUUUGUCAGUAUAAUAGACGUUAAAAAAAUCUAAACAUUACAAAAAAAAA